CAACAUAUUUUUUCUAACUUUACUGCUUUCACUACUCCCAUGAUGGGACAAACUGUAUUAAGUAAGGGACUCCGAGCUGGCCUACCCUGCUGUAUAGGCUUAUCUCAGACUAAUACAGUGGGGGGAAAACAGUAAAGCUAGUCUCAGUCGGGCAGAGCUACGGGCACAUGGCCAUCUGUCUAUUCUCUGAAUACAGCUGACAACAAAGGAGGGCAAUUCUUCAUUACCAGACCAUACAGCCACUGGACACUCACACACUCACUCACAUUGUUGGAGAAACAAGCCAAACAAGAGGGGAAAAGCAACUGAGUGACACCAACCUACUGCCUCAACCUCAAUCAGCCCAGCAGUUCAUCAAGAGUAAAAUGGCGACAGAGAGAGAGGUCUGCUUAAUUCAUAUCUCAUAGCCUGUCUGUCUGAAUGUGUGCAGUGUCCAGAUCAUCAAGAAGUAUGAAUAUGAAUGAGAAAGAGGUUGCUUUGUGGUCUGAGGGAGGGCUAAAUGUCACCCUCACCAUCCGCCUACUAAUGCAUGGCAAGGAAGUGGGCAGUAUCAUUGGGAAGAAAGGGGAAACUGUCAAGAAAAUGAGAGAAGAAAGUGGAGCACGUAUUAAUAUAUCCGACGGUUCCAGCACAGAACGAAUUGUCACCAUCACUGGUGCCUCUGAGGUCAUCUUCAAAGCUUUCGCCAUGAUUGCAGAGAAGUUUGAGGAGGAUAUACUGGCCUGCAUGGUGAACAGCACAGUGUCAAGCAGACCUCCUGUCACGCUGCGCCUUGUGUUCCCUGCCAGUCAGUGUGGCUCACUUAUCGGCAAAGGAGGAUCUAAAAUCAAAGAGAUCAGAGAGACCACAGGUGCACAGGUGCAGGUGGCUGGAGACUUACUACCAGAGUCUACAGAGAGAGCAGUGACCAUCUCUGGUACCCCUAAUGCCAUUACACAGUGUGUGAGACACAUCUGCACCAUUAUGCUGGAGUCACCGCCUAAAGGAGCAACAAUCCCUUAUCGGCCAAAGCCAUCCUCUGGUGGCAAUCCCACAGUUUUAUCCCAACCACAUUCAACUCCUACCUUUGCUGUUCCAGCGCAGUACACCAUUCCUCCCCAAGACUUGACCAAGCUUCACCAGUUGGCUAUGCAGCAUAUCCCCUUUACCUCCCUUGGGCAGAGCAACCCUACCUUCCCUGGUCUGGAUAUCUCAGUUUCGCCAAGUUCUCAUGAGCUGAGCAUACCUAAUGAGCUCAUAGGCUGCAUUAUUGGCAGACAAGGCACUAAGAUCAAUGAAAUUCGGCAGAUGUCUGGAGCCCAAAUUAAGAUAGCCAGUGCCACAGAUGGUUCAGCUGUACGUCAUGUCACCAUUACUGGCUCACCAGCCAGCAUCUGCCUGGCCCAGUACCUCAUCAGUGCCAGUUUAGAGAUGGCUAAACUCAGCAUCCAGGCUGCCUCCUCUUCCUCCAGCACUGCAGUUGACCUCGGCCUGAGCUUCUCCCAGGCUGCCUCUCCUGCCUCUGCCUCUGCGGCCAUGCUAGCUGCUCCCUCGGCCAUUAACGUCCACUCACCCCAGGCCAUGCCCUCCAUCCCUACUACCCACUAUGCUCUUCCAGUCUCCAGCCUGCUUGGCAUGAAAACUGUGCCUCUGUUGGCCGUGCACACUGCAGCCUCGCCGGGGCUCGCUCCCUACACCACAAAAAUCCCUGCCUCAGCCGCUAUCAAAAAAUCGGAUCAUCAGAGGUUCACCCCCUACUGACCACAACUGACAAUCUUUCAUUUACAUGCUAUGUUUUUUUGGCGACUUUGAAGAUUUUGUAUAUUUCUGGACAAUAUUAUGCAAAUGAACAGGACACAAAUGAAAUGUGUCUUACAUCAUCCUGCAUUUCUUUUGGCAUUUCGUUUAGGAAUGAUUCAAAUAUCAAGUCAUACAUAUUUUUUUCCGACACUCCAUUCCUACCUUUUUAUAACCAUAACUAAUAUGACUAUAGUUACAGAAUAUUGAUUUUGAAACUUUGCUCAAACUGCCUCAAACAUAUUAAGGUAGUUAUAAUUAUAUGCAAUUAUAGUACAGGCAUGCACAUAAAUUUUUUGUUUUUUUUUCUUACUUAGUUUCAGUAGUCACGGUGAGUCUCUUUCUCUGAAUAUAUCAUCUGUGCUAGUUGCAUAAAAGCAGGAAAUUUACAUUUUAAUUAAUUUAGGACAAAAAAUGCAAAUAUUAGUCCCUUAAAGUAUACAACUAUGCAAAAUAUCCAUGGUUUUAGUGACAUGAGGAAAUGAGCUGCAUGUAUUGUAAAUAACACUAUACUAUUGAUAUUUGUGAUUGUAUUAUUUUCUUGAUGUUUCUGUUGUUUCCACUUAACUGUAACUAUGGACACGUUUAAUUUUUUCACUUAGACUGUAAUGGAGCAGAGGUGAUAUGCAUCACUUCUAGAAAAUGGGUUAUAUUUGUGUUAUAGUUAUUAUAAACUCUAGUAAUUUGCUGUAGUCCUUUGUCCCUAAUGGUGUACAUCUUUCCUAGGCUUUAUGUAGUAAUAGCUGGCCUGGGGCCUAUUUAGUCAUGCUGACAUGCUGCAGCCUCUCAUUUUCCCUCUGGACUACUCUAAAGCCAUAUGGUAUUCUUGAGUUCUCAGUAUUAUUCAUUAGUCCCAGCUUUGAAUAUAUGCAAAUGUAAAAAUGUAAUCUUUACUGAAGAAAAAAAUUCAACAUUACUAAACCUUAUGACUAGUGUAUUUAUUGUUCUGUUUAUUUUCAUACAGUAUUCUCUAUCUGAUGGGUAUAUACAGUAAGUGUUAGGUUAUUUUUGAUAACACUUUCCACUUCUUUCUCAUAACUGUAGGAAUGAACACUUUAAACGUUAAUUGAGCACAAAUUACCAGUGGUGUACUUCAGGGGUCCAUCCUGGGAUCUUUGUUGUUUUUUUAUGUUUGUGCUUCCCCUUGGGUACCUUUUUCAUAAAUACAAAGUUUCCUACUAUUUUUAUGCUGAUGACAAACAGUUCUAUCUCUCAUUGAAACCUGGUGAAAAAAUCUCUCUGCAACAUCUCUGAUUGUAAUACAGAUAUUUAAUGCUGGCUGUCUAAAGCCUUUCUCUAUUUAAAUAAUGACCAGACAGAAGUCAUUAUAUUUGGUCAUCCAGACUCCACAAGAACUGAAGCUGACAAAUUGGGACUCUGGUCAAGCAACAUUCAAAGCUAUGCAAAAAAAAAGUCUUUAUUUUUGAAGAAGUGAAAUUUAAGGAAUGUUGUGAAAUUUAUAUGUAUCUUGUCAUUUAAUGAUCUGGAGAUUUUUAUUCAUGCUUUUGUUUCUUCUCAAUUUGAAUAUGGCUAUUCCCUCUACAAGGAACUCAGUCAGUUAACCCUUGUCCUGUCUUGUUCUGAUCCAAAAUGCAACAGCUCGGCUCCUGACCAGCACCAGAAAGAAGGAACACAUACAGUAUUCCCUCUCUUGGACUCACUUCUCUGGCUGCCAGAGUACAAAACAGCAUUUGUUAUUUGUUAUUUGUUUUUAAAUCUCUGCAUGACUUGGCACAGAAUUACAGUCUCCUCCAAAAGUAUUGGAACAGCAAGGGCAAUUCUUUAGUGUGGGUUUUUUUUUCCUAUACACUGAAGACAUUUAGAUUUCAGAUCAAAAAAUGAUCUAAAGGUCUGGUUUUAAGGUUAAAGUCUGGUGAGUGAUUUGGCCAAUUUAAAACUUUAACUUUUUUCCCUGAUAAAGUCCUUUGUUGUUUUGGCAGUGUGUUUUAGGUCAUUGCUGCAUGAUGAGGUUCUUUCAAAAUAAAUUGGAUCUAUUUCUCUGCAAGUUCUGAAUUCAUCCUGUGCCUACCACCAUGAGUUACAUGAUCACUGAAGAUUAUUGAGCCUUUUCUAGAAGCAGUCAUGCAAGUCCAAACUAUGGCUUCCUCCACUGUGCUUGACCAAUGAGCAUAUAUGUUAUAUAUGCACUUUCCAACUCUUCGGUAGAGAUUAAUAUUGAUUUCAGAAAUUUUUUUCUUCUGCAUUCCUUUGUGAAUUCCAAUCUGGCCUUCUGAUUCUUACUGCUGAUGAGUGGUUUCCAUCUUGUAUUAUGCCCCCAAUAUUUUUGUUCUCAAAGGCUUUUUCAAAUGGUGGGUAGUGGUACCUUCACACCCGCUCUAUGGAGGUUGUUGGUGAUGUCACAGAGUGUUGUAUUUGGGUUUUCUUCAAGAUAUUGCUUUCAUCAACUGCUGUAGUCUUUGCUUGACCUGUUCCAUGUCUGGUGGUUUGGUACACCAGUGGUUUCUUUCUUUUUCAGGACAUUCCAAACUGCUGUAUUGGCUAUGCCCAAUGCUUGUGCCAGUGGCUCAAUGUGUUAAUUCUCGAUUUUCCCUCAGUGUGUUAAGUGUCCCAGAAAUUUGAAGGUCUUUAGGAUCUAAAUGUUCAAAUGUUUUUAUUUCUCCCUUGAUUUACCAAUUUAGGUUUAUUCUUUACAGUUUUUUUUAUUUGAUAAGUGUUUUAUCUCAUUCCAUUUGUCAUUUAUUUCAUUGGAAAGAUUUAGCCAAAACAAUGUACAGUAAUUGUACAGGCCUACACUCCUUGUCUUUUAAAUGUGUUA